CUAGUCUGAAAAUGGAAAUGAAGGAUUCGAUUAUAGAUUACAUCUUAGUUCCAGCUGGACUGAUGAUAAUGGUGGCGUAUCACGUUUGGUUAAUCCAUCGGGUCAGGAAUCAUCCUACUAGAACUAUCAUCGGUAUUAAUGCAAUCAAUCGCCGUUUCUGGAUUCACGCCAUGAUGGAGGAUGUAUCAAAAAGUGGAAUAUUGACUGUGCAAACAAUGAGAAACAACAUAAUGGCUUCAACCGUUCUAGCAUCAACAGCAAUCACGCUUAGCUCAUUAAUCGCGGUUCUAAUGACAAACAGCGGCGGUUAUCGUCCUUCGAAACUAUCUUUUGGCGACAAAAGUAGUUUAAUUCUACAUGUCAAAUUCUUCUGCAUCCUUUCGUGUUUCCUCAUGGCAUUCAUUCUUAACGUGCAGUCAAUUCAAUACUAUAGUCAUGCCGGUCUUUUGAUUAAUGUCCCAUUUAAGACGGGUCGUGGUUUGAACAGGCAAAGCACAUUCGAGUAUGUGGCUCGAACCGUUAGUAGGGGGAGUCUUUUUUGGUCACUUGGUUUGAGGGCAUUUUAUUUCUCUAUUCCCAUGUUCAUUUGGAUAUUUGGACCAAUUCCCAUGUUUGUUACAUGUGUUUUACUUGUUUCCAUGCUCUAUUUUCUUGAUGUUUCUAAUGAGUUUGGAGAUGUUACUGUUCCUCUUAUGAAUGUCGAUCGAGAUGAGGAGGCUAAUAGUAACUAGACUCUACUCGUUAUGGGUCGAAUAUUGGAAG